AUGGGUAGCGCAGCAGAAUACAAGGCGGGAGCCGACCCCGAGAAGAGCGAGACAUACAACGCCAAAGCCGAGUCAAUCGCCGUUGGCGAGGUUGACAGCGUCGACGCGGCCGAAGACUUUCUCCGGCAACACAACUUCAGCAACGAGUACCUGCACGAGCUGCUCGAAGACAAGGAGAAGAACCGCCGCCUCGUACGCAAGAUUGACUUGGUCGUGCUGCCGCUGCUGGCCGGAACCUAUGUCCUGCAGUACAUCGACAAGCAGGCCAUGUCCUACGCGGCCGUGUUCGACCUGUUCACAAGCACCGGCAUUUCGCUGGGCCAGUAUUCCUGGUUCGCGAGCAUCUUCUACUUUGCGUACCUCGGUGCCGAGUACCCAUGGGUCUAUCUCGCCCAGAAGACGCGCAUGGCCAAGGUCGUCGCUGGAUGCGUCUUCUCCUGGGGCUGCGUCCUGAUGAUCACGGCAGCGUGCAGCAACUUUGGCGGUCUGGCUGCGUGUCGAUUCUUCUUGGGUGUCUUCGAGGCGCCAAUCACCACCUGUUUCAUGAUGAUGGUUUCCAUGUGGUACAUUCGAUCUGAGCAACCUUUCAGAGCGGGCGUUUUCUAUUGCUGCAACGGAUUCGGCUCCAUGAUCGGUGGCCUCUUAAGCUAUGGCAUCGGCCAGAUUGACACAUUUCCCGUGUGGAAGGCGGUGUUCCUAACAUGCGGCGGAGUGACAGUCCUCUGGGCCAUCGUUCUCUUUCUCUUCUUGCCCGAUAGCAUCAUGUCAGCCAAGAACUUCACCCUCGAGGAGAAGGCCCUACUGAUUGGACGAGCGAAACUCGCACAAACCGGUGUUCUCAACAAAUCCAUCAAGUGGUACCAGAUCAAGGAAGCGUUCCUGGACCCGCAGGUGUGGCUGUUGACUUUGUUCAUGCUGCUGAACGAAAUCAUCAACGGAGGUAUCGCAAACUUCGGCAAGCUCAUCAUCAAAGGCCUCGUCUCCGACCCGCUGCUCACAACGGCGUUGGGAAUCCCCCAGGGCGCGUUCCAGGUCUUUUGGAUCCUGUCGGGAACGUUCCUCGCUUCCAAGCUUCCCAACUCGCGUACUUUGGUCAUGGCGCUUUACCUGGUCCCGACCGUCAUCGGAACCACUCUGAUGUGGAAGCUGGACAGAGAGCAUCACAAGAUCGGCGUCCUUUUCGGAUACUACAUCGUCGGCGCGUUUGUUGCGUCUCUUGUCCUCGCUCUCCAGAUGCCCGCGACAAACUUGGGUGGCUACACCAAGCGUAUCACGGCUUCAGCCAUCGUCUUCACCGCGUACUGCGUGGGUAACAUCAUUGGCCCUCACGCAUUCCUGGCUAAGGAAGCACCUCUGUACCAAACUGGCUGCAUCGUCAUCCUCGCAUGCUCUGCCACGCAGAUGGUGGUUGCCAUUGUGCUGCGUAUGCUGUUGAUUGCGCGCAACAAGCGACGGGACGAAGCCGCAGCUGCAAUUGGUGAUGCCGAUAUCUCGAGCCCAGAUGAGGCAAUUGAUCGUACCGAUUUUGAGAACCCCCACUUCCGAUACGUUUUGUAG